UACUCUUUCUACUCUUUAGCCUUUCCUAUCAUUCUUAUUUUCCUUCUUCCUAAAGCCAUAAAGGGUGGAAAUAAUAAUCUGCCACCAGGUCCUAUAGGGCUGCCAUUCAUUGGAAAUUUGCAUCAAUAUGACACUUUAACCCCUCAUCUUUAUUUUUGGAAACUUUCCAAAAAAUAUGGAAAAAUCUUCUCAUUGAAACUUGCUUCUGCUCCAAUGGUUGUAGUUUCUUCAGCAAAAUUAGCAAAAGAAGUACUGAAGACGCACGAUUUAGUAUUUUGUAGUAGACCUUCUAUUCUUGGCCAGCAAAAGUUGUCUUACAAUGGUCGUGAUAUUGUCUUUUCACGUUACAAUGAUUGUUGGAGAGAAUUGAGAAAAAUUUGUGUGCUUCAACUAUUUAGUCUCAAGAAAGUACAAUCAUUUAGUCCAGUUCGUCAAGAUGAAGUCUUCAGAAUGAUCAACAGAAUAUCUCAACAAGCUGCUACUUGUCAAAUCACCAAUUUGAGCAAAUUUAUGAUUUCACUAAGUAGUACUAUUAUUUGUAGAGUUGCUUUUGGUAUUAGGUAUGAUGAAGAAGCACAUGAAAGGAAGAGGUUCAAUUUUCUUUUAGAAGAAGCUGGAGCAAUGAUGACUAGUUUCUUUGUGUCUGAUUUUUUCCCUUCUUUAAGCUGGAUUGAUAAACUUACUGGAGUUACAGCUCGACUUGAGAAGAUUUUCAAGGAUUUGGAUGAGUUUUAUAAAGAACUCAUUGAGCAGCAUCUUAAUCCCAAUAGGCCAAAAUCCAUGGAAGGAGAUAUUCUUGAUAUUCUGCUCCAACUGAAGAAAGAGAAAUUAACACCAAUUGAUCUCACUUUGGAGGAUAUAAAAGCACUUGUCAUGAAUGUGUUACUUGCAGGAUCAGACACUAGCGCAGCUGCAGUAGUAUGGACAAUGACAGCCCUCAUGAAGAAUCCAAAAGCCAUGAAGAAAGUCCAAGAAGAAAUCAGAAAAUCAGUUGGAAAGAAAAGCAACAUUGUGACUGAAGAUGAUAUCCAAAAUCUUCCAUAUUUCAAAGCAGUGAUAAAGGAGACUUUUAGAUUGUACCCACCAGUUCCAGUCCUACUGCCAAGAGAAUCAAUGGAGAUAUCCACACUAGAAGGGUAUGAAAUUCAACCAAGAAGCAUAAUUCAUGUUAAGUCAUGGGCUAUAUCAAGGGAUCCUGAAAUAUGGGAAAAUUCAGAAGAAUUUAUACCUGAAAGAUUUUUGAAUAGCAAUAUUGAAUUUAAGGGCCAGGACUUUGAUUAUAUUCCAUUUGGAGCUGGAAGAAGAGGGUGCCCGGGGAUUGCACUUGGAGUUGCAUCCAUGGAACUUGCAUUGUCAAAUCUUCUUUAUGCUUUUGAUUGGGAGUUACCUUGUGGGAUGGAAAAAGAGGACAUUGACACAGAUGUUAAGCCUGGCAUUACCAUGCAUAAGAAAAAUGAACUUUGCCUUAUCCCUAAAAAUUAUUUGUAGAUUUGUAGACUAUUCAGACGUGGAUCUAGGGCGAAUUCUAUGAGCCCAGCUAAUUAAACUCAUAAUUUUCUACUCGAGUUAUGAAUAUAUAUAAUAACAUCAUUAUGAAUUCAAUAAUUAAAUCACGUCUUGGCCUUUUACUAACCUAGUCUUAACAGUGUUGUAUUUUUAGUUUCUUUUAUGUAUCAAGUUAUCUUGACGUGGAGAUGAGUGUGCCGCUAUAUAUGUGGUUCUAUGAUGAGGAGAUGAGUUAGGACAUGGGGUAAGAAUUUGUACUCUGUUGAUGGAAAAUACAUGCUAGUUAUUAA